UUUUUGUUGCUGUUUUCUAGGGCAAGAAACCUGACAAAAAGGAACAUUACAUAAUGCUUAAACGGAAAGUUAACCCUGUUGCAGAAGGAGAAGCCAUAGCUCCACCACCAAAGAAAAGAUACAGGAUGGACACGGUGUCAAAUAAAUCCCUUGAAGCUGCCACCGAGGCGAAGGGAGAAGGUGCUACUGUCAUCCAGAAAGCCCAGGUAGGGACAACGGAGGGUGAGUCCAAGUCACCUAAAGUCUACGCAAAAGAAUGUGAUCCAAAGCAGCCUAAGCCUGUGGCAGGAGAAGCCAUUCUCCCUAGUCCACGAGGUUCUCUGCCUGACAACUCUCUUCAGCGCAAAGGUGAUGAUGGCACAGUUGCAGGGGGAAGUGUUAGCAGUGAUAACUCUGCCAGCACUGCUAAUGCACCAGCAACACCUCCAUCGGAAGCUGGCCCCCACGCGGCCCCAUUGAACCCAACUGUAACUAAUUAUGAAAUUAAAAAUGCCCUGAUGACCGAAAUCCGACGCUAUGGACGCCAAUAUGCAAGGAUUUUCAAGCUGCUUGAAGAGGUGCAGGGACCUCUGGAAGUCCGGAAACAGUUUGUCGAGUUCACCAUCAAGGAAGCGGCAAGAUUUAAAAGACGUCACUUAAUACGUUAUCUCGAGGACAUACUGGAAAAAUUAAAGUCGGAAAGCUCUCUCAAGAACAAUGAUCCAAACCCAAGUACAUGA